GUAUGGGCUUAUCUGAGACACUGGGUAUCUACUAUCUAGAUAUGUUUUAUUGCGAAAAACUGUUGGAAAAGCACUGAAUAAUUUUUGUGUUCUGUGUAAAAUCCUUUGCUGAUUGCUAUUGCCUAUAUCUUAUUAUUGUAAAUUUUCCUAACACUUUGUUUUUGCGCUCAAUAAUAUACAUAAUAUUAAUUUUAAUUUUCGUGUAGUGUUAAUAAAUAAGUUAUUCUGUAAUAUGCAGAAAUAUGAAAAACUUGAAAAAAUUGGAGAAGGUACCUAUGGAACAGUUUUUAAAGCUAAAAACAAAGAGACUCAUGAAAUAGUCGCCUUAAAGCGAGUUAGACUCGACGAUGACGAUGAAGGAGUGCCAUCUUCAGCAUUACGUGAAAUAUGUCUCUUAAAAGAACUAAAGCAUAAAAAUAUUGUUCGAUUAUAUGAUGUUCUUCACAGCGAAAAGAAGUUGACACUAGUUUUCGAACAUUGUGACCAAGACCUAAAGAAAUACUUUGAUAGCUUAAAUGGUGAAAUAGAUUUGGAUGUAGUUAAGUCAUUCAUGUAUCAGCUGCUACGAGGGCUUGCUUUCUGCCACAGUCACAAUGUACUUCAUCGAGAUUUAAAACCUCAAAAUCUACUGAUUAACAAAAAUGGUGAACUAAAAUUAGCAGAUUUUGGCUUAGCUAGAGCCUUUGGCAUUCCAGUCAAGUGUUAUUCAGCAGAAGUGGUUACUCUUUGGUAUCGUCCACCAGAUGUUUUAUUUGGAGCCAAACUUUACACAACAAGUAUAGACAUGUGGUCUGCAGGUUGCAUAUUUGCAGAACUAGCUAACUCUGGCAGGCCUUUAUUUCCAGGCUCUGAUGUUGACGACCAGCUAAAAAGGAUUUUUAAGCUACUAGGAACACCAAAUGAAGAUACAUGGCCUGGAGUAACUCAGCUGCCAGAUUAUAAGCCAUUACCAGUUUACCAACCAAGUUUGGGUCUUGCUCAAGUUGUGCCAAGAUUGUCUGCUCGUGGGAGAGACCUUCUGGCUCGUCUACUGACAUGCAACCCAGCAUUACGGAUGCCAGCUGAUGAUGCAAUGGCACAUGCUUACUUUCAUGAUUUGAAUCCUUCUGUGAAGAAUGACAGGUGUUAA